AUGACAGCUAUUCCGGUGAAGAAAAAAGUACAGGUUUCAUUUGUGAUUCGGGAUGAAAAGGAACCGAUGCAUCGUUCAGGUGUGAACUGCUUGCAGUACGAUGCACAAACAGGUCGUCUGUUUUCCGGUGGCUCAGAUACUAUUAUACGAAUCUGGAAAUCACCCGAUCGUAAAGAUGACAGUUUUCGGUUAAUAAACAACGAGGGAUCUUUUUGUGGUGGUAGUAGUUAUUCAGUCGGUGGAAAAACAAGAGUUCGACGAGAUCUUCACUUACAAUCAAUGGAACAUCAUACUGAUUGGGUUAACGAUAUAGUGCUUUGCUGUGGUGUAAUUUCGGCUUCAAGUGAUACAACGGUAAAAGUCUGGAAUGCUCAAAAAGGUUUUUGUAUGUCAACGCUGCGGACGCAUCGCGAUUAUGUUCGUGCCUUAGCGUAUGCCCGGGAUGUUGAAAUGGUUGCGAGUGGCGGUUUCGAUCAGCUUAUCUAUUUAUGGGAUAUUGCUACGUUGACAAAACUAACUGCACUAAAUAAUACUGUUACAACAUCUUCGUUGACCGGUAAUAAAGAUAGCAUUUAUUCAUUAGCAACGAACCCUUCUGGAACGGUCGUCAUUUCCGGCUCAACAGAAAAGGUACUUCGUGUGUUCGAUCCUCGUGCAUGUCAAAAGUUGAUGAAGCUUCGUGGCCACACCGAUAAUGUUAAGGCAGUUGUUGUGAAUCGCGAUGGUACACAGUGCAUAUCAGCAAGUAGUGAUGGUACUAUAAAAUUGUGGAGUAUUGGACAGCAAUGCUGCAUAUCAUCAUUGAAAUGCCACUCAGAAAGUGUUUGGGCUUUGCAAGUUGACAGUAAUUUUUCGUGUGUAUAUUCCGGUGGACGGGACAAACGGAUUUUCCGCACGGCAAUUAAUGAUUUUAAAACAGCACAGCUAAUGUUUAUCGAGGAUGCACCAGUACAGCGGUUACAGCUAAUCGAUUCCGAAUCACGUUUCAUUUGGACAGCUACAUGGAAUUCGUCGAUCAAACGAUGGCCAUUGCCUAGUGAUGCUCAGAUUUCAGUUGAAAUAAAAAGUGAUCAAUAUGGAGAAACGAUUCCAUCCAUUCAUGAACCAGACCUGACUAUUCCGGGUGCUGCAAGUAUCAGGCAGCAUGUUGUUUUAAAUGACAAAAGACAUAUCGUCACAAAAGAUACCGAUGAUAAUGUGGCAAUGUGGGAUGUUUUAAAAGGAAGAAAGGUAUGUGAUCAUGGAAAAAGACCGAUGGAAGAAGUGAUCAAGGAUCACUUCAAAAAAGUAUUUGUACCUUCAUGGUUCACAGUUGAUCUGAAGAGCGGCAUGCUACAAAUUACACUGGAUGAAUCUGACUUCUUUUCUGCCUGGGUUUCGGCAAAAGACGCCGGAUUUCCAAAUAUUCAAAAUGAUACUAAAAUUAACUAUGGUGGUAUGUUGCUCAGGGCUCUAUUUGAACACUGGUCACGUUCUUUUUCUGAUGUUGAUGAGGAAUCUCCAACUCAUCGAUUUAAUUCCGUACCUGGUCAUACCCCACUCAUUUUAUGUGAAUCAACUGGCCGACCAAUAUUUCGGCUGAUGAUACGGGAUGCUGCACAUGAGACUGAAUCACAAAUGCUUUCGGACUUUGUCCCACCUUGGGUAUUAGAUGUUGUUGAGCGAAAUCAACUUCCAAAAUUUAAUAAAAUGCCGUUCUUCCUGCUUCCACAUCUAUCGCUUGGAAUCAAGACACCAAAGAAAGAUCGAUUAAGUGCAACAGAAAUGCUUCAAGUGAGGAAAGUGAUGGAACAUGUUUAUGAAAAAAUAUUAAAUGUUAACGAUGCAAGUUACUCAGAGAAUGGUAUCCCGUCUGCUGCUCAAAUGUUGUCACCUUCCCUACAAACAAAUAUUGAAGAAAGGGUUGAACUUUAUUGCCAAGAUCAGAAAUUGGAUCCAGAAAUGGACCUUCGAACUGUCAAGCAUUUCAUCUGGAAACAGGGUGGUGAUCUCAUGUUGUAUUAUAAACCUAUACGUUAA